UAUUGACGUAAUACUAACGGAUUUUAUAGCCAGUGGGAAACGGUUGAAUUCUGCAGUAAUAUCGGCUGCAGCCAGUAAAUGUGUAACCGAGGCUUUACAAAGGACAGGCACUUACUUGUUGGAGCCUAUAAUGAAUGCUGAGAUAGUUACAACAGAUAAAAAGCACGCAGAUAUGAUACUGAAAGAAAUUUAUAAGCGAAGAGGCAUUGUGCCAGAGUCUGGGAUGGAAUGCAUCGGUGAUACGUAUGUUGUUCGAUGCAUUAUGCCACUUGCUGAAUUACAAGGAUUCUCCAAAAAUAUUCGUAUUAUAACUUCGGGUCAUGCAAGUAUUCAUCUCGAAGUGGGUGGGUAUCAAGAUAUAAGCGAGCAAAAACAAAAAAAAAUUGCAAAUUUAACUAGGGUUCAACAUCAUUGA